GAGGGUCUGGGAGCACUCGGUGACACCGCCUAGGUCUGGUUUCCCUAGGAAACAACCCACGCACCAGGGUUGGGCUGCUUCGGACACGGCCCGGAAGAACUGUUGCAACUUGGGCAGCCCGCAGCGCGGCGCAGUGGCAGAGGCGGGGGCGUGAAGCCGGGAGGCGCGUGUAACCAGGAUCCUCGAAGCUCCGGAGACCCGGAGGCGAAAGGAUCCGCACAGGAACCCAGGGCAACCUGCGCGAGUGGCGGAGCCCCGCGCUCCCGCCCUAGCUCAAGGGGAGCGCAGUCGUAGCGGGGUUCAGAGCCCCAGCCCCGUGCCACCGCCACCCGCGGUGGGGGGUGGGCUGGGGGCGGGGCAGCUGGGGUUGCCUUCCCGGGCGCGAUCCCCGAGCGCGGCACCCGGCGCCGCCGAGCCACCUCCCCUGCCGCCCGCCAGCAAGUUUGGCGGCUUCGAGCCCAGAGAGCCACGGCUUUCUGAAGCACUGGUUUCUUGUUAGCGUUGGUGCGCCCUGCUUGGCGGGGGUUCUCCGGAGCGAUGCCGAUGGAUGUGAUUUUAGUUUUGUGGUUCUGUGUAUGCACCGCCAGGACAGUGUUGGGCUUUGGGAUGGACCCUGACCUUCAGCUGGACAUCAUCUCAGAGCUCGACCUGGUGAACACCACCCUGGGAGUCACGCAGGUGGCUGGACUGCACAACGCCAGUAAAGCAUUUCUAUUUCAAGAUGUACAGAGAGAGAUCCAUUCGGCCCCUCACGUGAGUGAGAAGCUGAUCCAGCUAUUCCGGAAUAAGAGCGAGUUCACCUUUUUGGCUACAGUGCAGCAGAAACCAUCCACCUCAGGGGUGAUACUGUCCAUCCGGGAGCUGGAGCACAGCUAUUUUGAACUGGAGAGCAGUGGCCCAAGAGAAGAGAUACGCUACCAUUACAUACAUGGUGGAAAGCCCAGGACUGAGGCCCUUCCCUACCGCAUGGCAGACGGACAAUGGCACAAGGUCGCGCUGUCAGUGAGCGCCUCUCACCUCCUGCUCCACAUCGACUGCAAUAGGAUUUACGAGCGUGUGAUAGACCCUCCGGAGACCAACCUUCCUCCAGGAAGCAAUCUGUGGCUUGGGCAACGUAACCAAAAGCAUGGCUUUUUCAAAGGAAUCAUCCAAGAUGGUAAGAUCAUCUUCAUGCCGAAUGGUUUCAUCACACAGUGUCCCAACCUCAAUCGCACUUGCCCAACAUGCAGUGACUUCCUGAGCCUGGUUCAAGGAAUAAUGGAUUUGCAAGAGCUUUUGGCCAAGAUGACUGCAAAACUGAAUUAUGCAGAGACGAGACUUGGUCAACUGGAAAAUUGCCACUGUGAGAAGACCUGCCAAGUGAGUGGGCUGCUCUACAGGGACCAAGACUCCUGGGUGGAUGGUGACAACUGUAGGAACUGCACGUGCAAAAGUGGUGCCGUGGAGUGCCGCAGGAUGUCCUGUCCCCCGCUCAACUGUUCCCCAGACUCACUUCCUGUGCACAUUUCCGGCCAGUGUUGUAAAGUUUGCAGACCAAAAUGUAUCUAUGGAGGAAAAGUUCUUGCUGAGGGCCAGCGGAUUUUAACCAAGACCUGCCGGGAAUGUCGAGGUGGAGUCUUGGUAAAAAUCACAGAAGCUUGCCCUCCUUUGAACUGCUCAGCAAAGGAUCAUAUUCUUCCAGAGAAUCAGUGCUGCAGGGUCUGCCCAGGUCAUAACUUCUGUGCAGAAGCACCUAAGUGCGGAGAAAACUCGGAAUGCAAAAAUUGGAAUACAAAAGCAACCUGUGAGUGCAAGAAUGGAUACAUCUCUGUCCAGGGCAACUCUGCAUACUGUGAAGAUAUUGAUGAGUGUGCAGCUAAAAUGCACUAUUGUCAUGCCAACACCGUGUGUGUCAACUUGCCGGGGUUGUAUCGCUGUGACUGCGUCCCAGGAUACAUCCGUGUGGAUGACUUCUCUUGUACGGGUGAAGAUCAGCAAAGGAAGCAAGGUGAACAAAUGUCAGAGCAUUGUUAGCGAAUACCAGGAGGUGAAGCCAAAUGAAGACCAGCAAGGCGAACCAAUACGAGAACAUUGUCCAGUGUUUGUUGGGUUAUAAUUACACUCUCCAAAUAUCCUGUGCCCUCUCAAUUAUCUGCUCCAGCCAAACAUCCUAUGGUCUUUCACCAGACAGCUUCCAAACAAAAAUCACAUGACACCAACUGAGUCUCUAACAAAACCAGUUCCCACUUUACACGGUAUGUAGCAUGUACAAGAAAGUAAUGAAGUUGUGGAGGGCUGCGCAGACAUUCUCUGUAGUAUGUUGGUUGUCUUUCUAUCUGGAUUCUGCUCAAGGUUUUUAUUGAAGAAAAAUUUCCUUGUCCAAUAAGAUGGGACAAGAUGAGGUUGCAACAACCGAGGACACCCUUGUUUCUGAAGGUUCCUUCUCUUCUCCACGUGGAAGGACUAACUGCACUUUUCCUAAAGCUCAGAAGGGCCUUACAACUGUCAAUCCAAUAUGGUGUUCCCAAGGAUUUGAACAUAGAGUUAUCAGAGGGAGGUCUGCUUCUACCAAGAGCCACGUUAGUCUGCUUAGACCAAAUAGUCAUUGCCAUUUAAUUGGAACUUUCAUCAUUGCUUCUCUAGGCUUUAAUUUAUCCCACAAAAUUGUGGAAAGCAGGGCUAUAAAGAGGUCAUGGGUAUAUCAGAUUCUGGAGCCACCUGUCUUUUGUUCGCUCUGAAGUUCCAGGUUUUAGAUGACACUCAGCACUGCAGUCUAUUCCCACAGUCCUCAAUUGGUCUUCUCCUUGCUGAGUGAGGAGGAUCGAACCUUCAAGAAUUGAAUCCUUAAUACGAUGAAGAACAGAUGACAUAUCCAAACUCACUGAUAGAGAAUCAAAAAAAUAAAACAAAACAAACCCUCAUGGCUCUUUGAAACCCUAAUGCCUACUAAACUCAAAUCAUAAUGACUAAGGAACAUAAAAGACACUGACACAGGGAUUGACAAUUAAGAAAUCUCCGUGAGACUCAGAAGAGGCUUUGAACUUUUGAAUGUUGUUGUGACCAUUGAAGACUAAAAGGACGUUUGAAGUUCAAAGCAAUGUCUUUCACUUUAGGAGAUGGCCAUGAACCUACAGGGUUAAAGGGCAGAAUUUUGUGGUUUGAAAGUAAACACUCGCAUAGACUCACACGCUUCGGUAUUUGGUGUCCAGCUGUGUGGUUCACCUUGAGGUAGGACUUACUAAAACAAGUAGGUUCCUGGGGUGUCUCUUAAGGUUUAUUAGGUUGGUGUUUCUUCCUCUCCCAUCUUUAUUUCCUGGCUACAUAUGUAAUAUGAUUGUACAUUCUCUGCCAUGAUAGAUUGUGUUUUAAAAUUGUUAGCCAAAAAUAAAUAAACCCUUUGUCUGAAAUAGAUUAUAUAUUUUUUCAAAGUCUACCUUUAUUGAUGGUUCAUAUAUAUAUGUAUAUAUAUAUGAUAGACAGAAGAUGGAUGAUAGAAGAUAGAUGAUAGAUAGAUAGACAGACAGACAGAUAGGAUAUAUCUGUGAUCAGACAAUCAUUGGCCUGUCUUUGUGUCUCAUUCAAUGAGUAAAGCACUGAUCUCUUUCUUCUCUGUUUUCAUCAGCAGUCCCGGUACCCAUUAACAAAAGAAUACAUGGAUAAAAUGAGGUAUUUGUAAGUAUAAAUCACAAAGAAGAAUGAAAUUAUGUCAUCUAUAGGAAAAUGGGUAGGACUAAAAGUCAUGCCAAAUGUACACCAAUGGUUUGUGUCUCCUUUCAGUUGUAGAAUUUAGUCAUGAGACAAAACAUGAACAGAGGUAUACUGACACAUUUAUGUUCAUGGAUGGAAAUAUAAUGAAACUCAUUGUUUUAUACAAUUAGCAUUUGCUGCCACAAAAUGUAGAAAAGCAUAAGUGGUGGCUCCAAUGUGGGUUUCUGAGAGUGUGAGAUCUGAUGGAGAUAUCUGACUUUCCUGCCGUCAGUGUUUAAACAUUCCAAUGCUUUGUAAUAGGUCGAAAGAUUCCCAGAGUGAGAAGCCUAAUAGUAAAUCCAAGGAUUUCAAAAUUGAUUUGUUGUUAUUAUCCAUGUGAAAUACCCACCAUUGGCUCAUGUCUUUGAGCCAUUGGUCCCCAGAUAAUGGCCCUGUUCUGAAUGCUAUGGAAACUUAGGGAUAAAUGAGCUAUCUGGUGAGUAUAAGACAUUAGGGGUGGGACUUGAGGCUUAUAGCCUAGCCCUGCUUCUGAUCUUCUUUUCACUUCUUGGUCUGCUAGGAAACAAAGAGUUCCUUAUGACUUUAAUUUUUUCAAAGUCUAUCUUUAUUGAUGGUUCUUAAAGGCCUUAACCUCCCUUGUAACCCACCACCCACUAGAGGUAGUGGAAAAGAAAGGAGAGGGGAGAAAUGGACCGGUUUAGAAAUGGUUCUUUGGAGACGAUCCCAUCUGCAUUGUCAGGAAAUCAGCCGUUCAGUUCACAGGACAGUGGAGGGAGCUCAAUUCACUCAGUGCACCCACAAACACUUCACAGAUGUACCCAGCAGUCCAGUUCAGUACUGUGGGGAUAGCAGCAGCAGUGGCACAGCCAGGCCUCAGCCAAAUCAACUUGAAUCAUCAGGAGAGACCAGGGCUAACAGGAAUGCUAGUUCUUGGCUAUGCCUUUCUUGGGAAAGCAAAGAUCAGCAAAGAGUUUCAACCAACAAGCAUUUAGCUAUGCAAGCCAAGCUCCUAAAUAGUCUAUUGAGUCCAAAUAGUCUAUUGAGUCCUAUUUACAUCCCUCCAAACAUCAUGUGUCCUCCACAGAUUUUUGCCUCACCAUGUGUCUCGCCUCAGCAUGCGAGUCUGACUUCGCAAAACUCCAUGUGUACCUGUCUCAACUAACAUCACUUUGCCAAUUGGCCCAAGGUCAUAGAAGUGGUAAGAAUCCACAGCAUGCUACCAGCAAUGUUUUGGUGCAUUACUUUCUAUGGAGUCCCAACAAAUAGAGCUCAACUUUGCAGUGUAAAGGAGACCAACACAUGUGUGUCCUUUGCAAAGAAUCCUUCAUCAUAUAUCCUUUCACCCGUUUGCUUUAGCAGAACAUCUUUUCAUCUGUGUCCGCUUCCGUGAAACUUUCCUCAAAGAGUCUGUUUACAAUCAUCCUUUCACUUGUGUCCACUUAGGAAAACACUCCUUCACAUGUACUCCACAGCAAAACACCAUCUAACACAACCAGCUUUCCAAAGAACCCUUAAGUUUCCACUUCAUCUCCUUUCUCACACACUUCUGCUGCUGUGGGUGGAGCUUCCCCAGUAUCUAUGGACUGAACUCUCUUAACUGGGAGCCAAAUUUAAUCUUCACACCUUAAGUUGUUUCUGUCAGGCUUCCUGGAUCAGUAUUUCAUUCACUCAUUUAGCAAUUUUGAAUUAUACAAUACAUCAUUAUCCAUGGUUAUCAAAAUGUUCAGCAUAGCAUCAGAACUUAUUCUUGUGUCUCCCAACACCUCCCUUCCUCUGUCCAUCCUUGCCACACCUACCGCUGGUCAUCCCCAUCUACUUUGUUUCUAUGAACCCAAAUGAAAUCAUGAAUAUUUGCUUUUCUAUGUCUGGCUUUCUGUAGAUCUUAUAGUACUCCCUAGGUUCAUCCAGGAUUUGUUGCAAAUGAGUUUUAUUUUGUUCUUUUCUCCAGUCGUUCACUCUGUUGGAGAGUCCCACCUCAUUGAAGUCUGGGUCUUUUUAAUAAUGCUGCAGGGAACACAGUAAUGCAGACAGCUCUGAAAUACUGAUAUCACUUUUUCUGAAUUGGUACUCCCUGGUGAAAUUGCUGGGUCACACGUUGAUUCAUUAUGACAACUCUGACUCCUGCCUUCCUCUUCCUCAGCCCUGUCCAAGAUUCCCUCUUCUCCAUGUUUUUUUUUUUUUUUUUUGGCACUCAUUAUCAUUCCUCUUUGAUUGCAGUCAUUCUAACAGGUGUGAGUUGACAUUGUGGGUUUAGUCUACAUUUCCCUUUGUUAGGAUUGUUGGACAUUCUUUGAUCUGUGUCAUUUGUACCUCUUACUCUUAGUGAAGUCCAUUUGGGAUCCUUUGCUAAUUUUGUAAGUUAGUCAUUUCCUUUGUAGCUUUACUAAACAGUGUGAGUUCCUUAUGUGUUUUCCACACUGAAUCUCUGCUUGGUGUCUCGUGUACAGGUUUGUUCUUCUAAUCUUUGGUCUUCUUCACUCUUAUGCUAUGUGAAAUUCUCUGACUCUUAAGCAUUAAUAUGGAUUAUGAAAAUUAAUGGUAUAAGAUAGGAAUGAUUUUUAAUGUUUCUAUGAUUUUCUUUUCCUAACCAAGGCCCUUUUCCUUUACAGUAUCACUCUCCUUGGCUGAGUCUGAGGCCACCAAUAACCAAAUAUUUCAUGAAAAUUGACCUUGAUCUUUGAGGAAUUUGCAUGUGGUCGAGCAGAUAAAAUUAAGUAUAAAGUUAGCUUUCUUCCCAAAGUGGAUACAUUAUUCUGAGGGAACUUUACAAUUACUUUAGGGAACAGUUUGAAUUAUGGCAGCAUAGCAAAAAUUUACCUCACCUUUUAAAACGUUUUUAAUUCUAAACUUUCUUAUUGGUUGUAUUAUUAAGUAAAAGAAAAUAUUCAAUUUAGGAAAAUGUAUCAAAUAUAUAAUAGCAGAUACUUCUCUGGCUUUAGGGUAAAGAAUACAAAAUGGCUUCUUCUCAAGGAUGGGAUGGAGUGCCCAUGAUGUCAUGAGUACCUGAGAUUGUGCAGUGUUGAUGGACUGAAUUCUUCUGAGGAACAGAACAGAGUGCACUUGUCAUAAGCACUUAAAAGAUAUCCUCAAAUAAUCCAGUCAAAUAAUUGACUUACAGUACAAUUAACUUAUUGCUGAUGAACUCUAGCCUCAAAGUAACAUAGAUAAUAAAUAAUAAUUCUCAUUAUUAGAUAAUCGGUUGGUGGCUUCUUUUUGCAAGAUUUGGGCUGAAGCUUAGUCCUCAAAAUCCUUUGACAAAAAUUUGACAAGAAUUGUUUAGGCAGGCAUUUAGAAGGUCCAGUCGCAUGGGAAUUGGAAUAUUUUGAGGAGUAGUUUGAGAGUGUAUUUGUCAGCUAUUGUCACAAUAUGGAUGAACUAACUAACCAACCCAAAGCCAGUCACAAAACAGAAAAAAUAAUUUUCAAUGACUUGGCAGUCAGUGGGUGUGGCCUUCCUUCAUUCUGGGACUCUGCCAUUGAAUGUUUUGAAUCUCACUGGGAUAGCAGACAAGGGGAGACAAAGGAGCAAUAGGAAGUCAAGUCCUCAAUACAGGAACAUGCCUUUUAAGCCUUUGCUUGAGUCAUUUCAUUGCAAUAUCCCUUAGCCAAAGCAAGUAAAGCUGGCUAUUUGGCUGGUACACAAUCAAAAUGUGGUGAUUCCAGAUUCUGGGGUGGUAUAUAACUACAUUGAAAGUUGACUUUCCCGUUUCACAUAGGGGAAUCUCAUCUGUUCAAUGGGUUCCUGUGAUUUUCACUGUUUGGGUAUCCUAGACUAUUUUGCAAUUGAAAUAGAGAAAAGUAUAUCUCUGGGACAGGAGUUCCUAAUCCUGUGCUUUAAAGAACAGAUAGUAUCAUCGGUUUUGUAUACCCUACUGCCUGGCAUCUGCUACUCAAAUCUGACUCUGUAGCAGGACACCCGCAGAAGCCUGUAUGUAAACAAGGGCAUCAUCACAGCAGGGCAGGUGGCUGAAACUGGUUUCAACUUGAGGACUGGAUUUGGCCUUCUGCUUAAAAAUUUGCAGGAAUGUGAUAUAGCAGAUAGUGCUCUGUAAAUUCCCCCUCCAAAACAUCAGAUGUUAUUUUGUUAUUCUUAUAGAAUUAAAUGCACCCGUGCUGUGAAACCUCUAACCUAUACCCUCUUACCAGGAAGCAAACUAAACCAAAUCCACAGUUGUUUCCAAAGCUGAGGUUAUUACAGCAUAAUUCCUGUUUGUUGUAAAAGUCUUUGAGUGUUAAUUGGAAAAUAAAUUCUUAGAUGCCUGAUGUGUGCUGUGAUCUUGGUUAGUAAUUCCUACUGGACUCUGCUUGGAGUCUUGGUGCCCAAUCCUGCUGCUUAGGAUUCUUAUCACAGGGUUUUCACAGAGACUCUCUUCUGCUUCUGACAUUCUUUUUGGGCAAUCAAAAAAAAUACUUUAAGAUCAAGAGUAGACAAUUUUCUUUACUGUGGAAGAAAAAUGACUUGGCAAAUUAAUAUAGAAAUGAGUCAUUCGAUUCUAUUUAUUUGCAGCCAGGAAAUGUUUAGUAUCCAAUUUGGGAUGAAGAUUUCUUCUCUCUCUUCCUGAGCAAAGGCCACUCAGGCUUAGCGGUCUCUCUAAAUUUCAUCUAGAUUUUUCAGUUGAGUUUCAUGCAGUCACCCAUUUGUCUCUUGUGUAUUUCUUCAUCCAUUCCUUGGAGCACAGCUUAGGGCAUCACUGUUUGGCUGGCUCGUGACACCUGUAAACAAUUUUUUCAAACUUCUAUCUAAAAUCCAUUUAUUCUUCCAUUUGUGUGUUAGCUAUAGGUUCAUCCUGUAGCCCAGACUGGGUUAGAACUUGUACCAAGUUCAGUUCUAACUCCAUUUUCUCAGGGCUGAGAUUAUAUGGGAAAGCCACCAUUCCUGGUUCUAAUUCCUUAAAGGAUGCUUUACUUCACUAAUUCCCUCCUUAAACAGACAUCUUCUUUGUAAAAAUCUGCACUGUUCAGGUGGAUCCUCAAUCCCACCUCUUUUCCUUGCACCUCAUCAUUGAUGUGUUGGGCAGAGUGGGCCCCAAAUCAGAGAAGUAUCUUUAACAUGAAGAUAGGAACUUGGUGCACAAGUCUCUGUGCUGUUCAUAUUAACUCUGUGUGGUGAGCUGAAUACUUCCCACCACUACGUCCCUCCCCCCCCCUCUUCCAUCCUCUUUUUCCUUUCCCUCUCUCCCCCCUCCCUCCUCUGUGUCUCUCCCCUCUUUUCUCUCAGCCUUUUAUUCUCUGCCCUCCACUUUUCUCUCUUCCCUGCCUCUAUCUUUGUUCCUCCCCCCCAUCUUUAUUAAAUUGGGUAUUUCUUAUUUACAUUUCAAAUGUUAUUCCCUUUCCCGGUUUCCUUCUAUCCCUUCCCUCUUUCCUCUCUCCUGUGUCUGUCUUUCUCUCCUCCAGCCUUCUCUCUCAGGACUCUCCUUUUACCCCACCUUUCUCAUUUCUUUUUCCCUCACUUUACUCUUCCCUUCUUUCUCUUCCUCCUCUUCCCUUCACUCUUUUUUCUCUCAUUUAUUUCUGUCCCCUCCCCUCUCUCCUGACCUCUCUCCUCCAGAAGUAAUCUAGUCGAAGUUGCUACAAUUACAGUUCUCUUAAAAUAAAUUUAUUAGACAUCCUUGAGACUUAGCAGCUUUAUUUGACAGUUAAGUAAGGAUGAGCCACACUUUCAUAUUGUAUUUAUGAGGAGAAGCAUAAAGUAAAACCCAGUAACCAAGUUGAGUUUAUUUGUAGACGAUUUUAUUCAAAGACACAAAGAAAUUCCCCACCGAGAGCUUUCUUUAUGUGCCUCCAGGGUGUCAGAAAAUGUCCUUUCCUCAGGACAUGGCAAGGCUCGAACUAGAACAUGGCUCCCCCUGGCUCUGAGAGGCUGGAUUUGCAUGUCCCCAGAGACAGCAGUAUGCUUCAGCUUAACUGACACACUCCCUUGGGUUCGGUCUCUUACAGUACAGUGAGUUUUCUCCUGUUUAAACUGGACCACAACUGACGUCCAUAUACCUCAAGUCUCUGUUUAAAUAGCAAAUGCAACACCUUAGUUGGUGCCAUCAUUUCCUCAAAUCGUUUCACAGGGGACACUGUUUAGAUGAAGGGUUCUUUUCCUCCAUACUCUAAAGAAUUGAGAGUCUAGACAGUGGCUUGGAGAAAUGUAAAAGUCAAGUUUAUUGUCAAGUUUACUGACAAGCACCAUCGUGGCUGGAAGAGGCUCCAGAACUGGGAAAUACUGAUUUUAACGGGGGCUACAUUUUCCUUGGGUCUAGAACUUAAUCCUCAGAGACUUCCCUUCUUCUCUACUGAAAGCCUUUAGACAGUGUUUCUAGCGUGAGAAUUGUACCCCCCUCUUCUGUCCUUGAGCAUGGAAACAAAUGUAGUAGGGCCCUGUAAUGCUAUUUCAGGGCAUAGAUAUGGAAAUUACUGCUUAUGAGACUUAGCCCCACUUUUCUUCAUGGUAUAAAAGUGGAAGUAAAACCUACAGCAGGUAGAAGGAGUAGAAACUUACUGCAGGGGAAAAGGUCCCCCUACCCCUUCUAUACAUAGGACCAAGGCCUCAGGAACUCAGAAUUUCUGAAUGUUGUACAUUUUUUCUCUGGCAAAGUCAGAGUCUAAUGGUUCUUCUGUCUUCAGUAUUGAUCUAAGAUUAUGCAUAUAUGAACUCAGUUAACUCUCUUAUCAAGCUCCUGCAUCUGUUAUUCCAAUGAAAUAAAAGACUAGAGAGACAGAGCUGUGUCUGUGUUAAUUCUCACAUACCACAAGAAGGAUUGUCUACUCCUACUCCUUCUCCCCUAAUGAGAUGGUCAUUAAUUUAGGGGGGAAGGUAGAGGAGGAGAGGGGUAUCAUCUAAACCUGUUUGGUGAUAUUCCAACAACCUGUCCAUGCCCUGUGAAUAGAUGGAGAUGUUUAUCCCAUUUUAGGAUGGUAGCCUUCUGGAUACUAUAUUUCAAAAGAGUGGAUGUCACUAGAGGGGAAAACAGCAACCCAGUAUCUUUGUUUUCAUUUUAGAAAUGCUAUGGAAUCAGGUUUGGGGUACCAUACUGAUUAAGAGUGGGUGGUCCGUUACAUCUCUGAGUGAGAACAAAAUAUGAAAAUGAAGAAAGGAGAAGGAAAUAGCUCCAUUAGCCUGAAACAAAAUGAAAGAAAAAACAUCUGCUUUAUUACUAUGAUCCUGUUUUUGACUCAAAAAGGAAAAAUUUUUCCAUGUCUCCUUGUAUGCUGAUCUACAAUAUAAUUUUUAGGCUUACUAAAAGGCAGGACCCUAGUCCUAAUCCAGGAGGGCAAGAGUCAGCCCAUAUUGCUUUGAGAGCUUGGGAAAAUCACUUGAACACCAGUAUGGGUAUCCCCUUUUGUGAAACAAGUUUUCCCCCUUUGAGAAACAAUGUGUCUGGUGGGAAGGAAUCUGCUCUCUCCUUCCCCAUGACCAUAGUCUCUGUCCCCUUAUUUUCCUCUACAUUGUGUGAAGUGAAUCUAUUUUGAAGAGAUCCUUAGCUUUGUAAGAUGUACACCAA